AUGCCGCCACCACCGCAUAUCAAACCUGAGAAUGUCCUCAAGAGGGCCCAGGAACUUAUCGCCGUCGGUCAGGCCCCAGCUGCCUUGACCGUCCUCCAUGAACAUGUUACGUCGAAGCGUACCCGCAGCAGCCCGAUCGCCUCGUUGGAGCCCGUGAUGCUCCUCUUUGUGGAACUAUCUGUUGAUCUGCGCAAGGGCAAGGCCGCCAAGGAUGGCCUCUACCAGUAUAAGAACAUCGCCCAGAACACCAACGUCGGCACCAUCGAAGUUGUCCUCAAGAAGUUCAUUGAACUCGCCGAGUCGAAGGUCACCGAGGCCCAGGCCAAGGCCGACGAGAUCCAGUCUACCCUCGAAUCCGCUGCCCCUUCCUCGAACAUCGAUGAUCUUGAGGCCAUCGAAACCCCGGAGACCAUCCUGUUGGCCACCGUCUCCGGUGAGCAGUCUCGUGACCGUACCGACCGCGCCGUCGUCACUCCUUGGCUCAAGUUCCUUUGGGAGACUUACCGUACCGUCCUCGAGAUCCUGAAGAACAAUGCCCGCCUCGAGAUUAUGUACCAGUCGACCGCUCUGCAGGCCUUCCAGUUCUGCCUCAAGUACACCCGCAAGACCGAGUUCCGCCGCCUGUGCGAGCUCCUCCGUAACCACGUCCAAAAUGCCGCCAAGUACUCCUCCCAGAUGCACGCCAUUAACCUGAGCGACGCAGACACCCUGCAGCGCCACUUGGACACCCGUUUCCAGCAGCUUAACGUUGCCGUCGAGCUGGAGCUUUGGCAAGAAGCCUUCCGCAGUAUCGAGGAUAUCCACACCCUACUGAACCUAAGCAAGCGUCCCGCUAAGAAUGUGAUGAUGGCAAACUACUACGAGAAGCUGGCCCGUAUCUUCCUCGUCAGCGAGAAUUACCUCUUCCAUGCCGCAGCCUGGAACCGGUACUACAACUUGCUCCGCCUCUCCUCUGUGGCCCUUGCCUCUGGCCAGAGCACCAAGAAGGAGAACCCCUCCGUGACCGAGGCCGAUAUGACCAAGGCCGCUUCUUUUGUGCUCCUUUCCGCUCUGUCCAUUCCCGUCAUCAGCACCACCCGCUCGCGUGGCGCUCUCAUCGAUGUUGACGAGGCCCGCAAGAACAAGAACACCCGUCUUACCAACCUGCUUGGUAUGAUCCAGCCCCCAUCUCGCUCUGUGCUUUUCCGGGAUGCUCUGAACAAGGGUCUGCUUAAGCGCGUUCGCCCCGAGAUCCGUGAACUCUACAACAUCCUCGAGGUUGACUUCCAUCCUCUCUCUAUCUGCAAGAAGAUCACUCCCAUCCUGAAGCAGAUUGGUGCCGACCCUGAGAUGGAGAAGUACGUCGUUCCCCUCCAGCAGGUCAUUCUCACUCGUCUGUUCCAGCAGCUCUCGCAGGUCUACGAGUCCGUUGAGCUCAAGUUCGUCUACGAGCUUGCUCAAUUCCCCGAUCCCUUCCAGAUCAAUCCCGCCAUGAUUGAGAAGUUCAUCAUGAACGGUUGCAAGAAGGGUGACCUGGCCAUCCGUGUUGACCACAUUUCUGGUGUUCUGACUUUCGACUCCGACGUUUUCUCUUCUUCCAAGGCUCAGCAUGCCGGCAGCGCCGCUGGCUCUGCCGAGAGCGAGACUGGCUCCGUGCAGCGCCUCCAGAACACCCCUGCCGAUAUUGCUCGCUUCUCGAUGGCUCGUCUGGCCAAGACCCUUCACAUUACUUGCAUGUACGUGGACCCAUCUUACAACGAGGCCCGUCACAGCGCCAAGCAAGCCGCUCAGGCCCGCGCUCUUGCUGGAGCCGUGGAGGAGCACGAGCAGACUUUGGCUCGUCGUACCGUUAUCGACAAGAAGAAGGAGGCUGCCACCGAUGCCCUGCAACGUAAGCAGCGUGAUGAGGAGAACCGCAAGCGCAUCCGCACCCAGCAAUUGCAAGAAGCCGAGAAGCAGCGUCUGGCCGAUGAGCAACGGGAUCGUGAGGCCAAGCGCCUCAAGGAUGAACAGGACCGCAUCCGCCAGGAGGAGCUCAAGAAGCAGAUCGAGGAGCUCAAGACCGGAAUCAAGGGUAUUGACAUCAGUGAGUUGGAUGUUGAUGAGCUUGAUGCCAACCGCCUGCGCGCCAUGAAGCUUGCUCAGUUGGAGAAGGAGAAGAACGAGCUGAACGACCGCGUUCGCACCACUGCCAAGCGUAUCGACCACCUGGAGCGUGCUUUCCGCCGCGAGGAAUUGAAGCACAUCCCUGCCGACUACGAGUCGCAGAAGAAGCACGACCAGGACCUGUACGAGGCCCAGAAGGCUGAGACUCUGCGGGAGGCCAAGGAGAAGCACACCGAGGCUCUCGCCCUUAAGCACCGUCUGAGCCGUCUUGUGCCUGCCUUCUCUAGCUUCCGCAAGGAGCUCUCUGAGAAGCGCCACGAAGAGUUCGAGAAGCGCCGCAAGGCUGCCGAGCGCGAGUUUGAGGCUAAGAAGAAGCAGCGUGUCAAGGAGGUUCAAGAGCGCCGCCGUCGUGAGAAACAGGAGUACGAGGAGGAGGAGCGCCGCCGCAAGGAGGAAGAGGAACGUGUCACUCGCGAAGAAGAGGAGCGUACUGCUCGUGAUGAGGAGCGCCGUCGUGUUCUGGCUGAGGAGAAGAUUAAGCGCGAGGAGGAGCGAAGCAAGCUCGACGAGGUUGCUCUACGACAAAAGCAGCGCGAGGAAGAAGCCGAGGCCCGCCGUUCGCAGCGCAAGACUGUUGCCUAUGCUCCUCCCGCUUCCGAGUCUUCAGAGCGCACUGCUCCCCGUCUCAAUCUUCCCAGCCGUCCUGCCGGUGGCUCUAGCUGGAGAGACCGUCUGGCUAACAAGGAGGCAAGUGGCGAGUCUGCUCCCCCUGCUCGUGAACCUGCUCCUCGUGAGCCUGUUCGGGAAGAGCCUGUCCGCCGUGGAGGAUACGUCCCACCUGCCAUGCGUGCCGGAGCCUCUCGCGAUGCCCCCUCUUACAGCCGUGACUCCCCUCGUGAUGCCCCCCGUGACAGCCGUGACCGUGAUGCUCCAUCCAGCGGAGAGCGCUGGUCUCGCCCCAGUGCCCGUGAAAACCCCCUCUUCUUCUUCUUCUACCCCGGCUGCCAAGCCUGA